AUGAUAUGUAGUAAUAUUCCAACAUCAUCUAUCCCAAGAUACAAUGGGGCAAAUAUAUCAUUCCCUACAUACCUUUCCAAGACUACAUCUGCAUAUUCAGUAUUACCAACUAAUACUGACACAAGGACAUCAUUUAAUCCAUACACUACAACGACGCGCUCUUCUUUGUCGAUGGGUUCUAUAUUGGGUCCUGAGACUCCUCCAAGUUCAAGACACUCCUCUGUCAUUUCGUCACCCUUAACGAAGUCACCUUUUCAACCAGUGACUAACUUCAAUGUUCAACAACAAGACCAACAACCAAUAAUAAAUGAUGCUUGUAGCUGUAAGAAGAACAGUCAUAAUAAACACAAUGGUUCUAUCUAUUCAGAGACUCAUAUACCAAGACCAAGAAAUGCAUUUAUUUUAUUCAGGCAACAUUUACAUCAUACUUUGUUCCCAAAGGAAAAGGAAAUGUUGAUUAAAGAAGGUUCAUUCAAAGCUAAUUCCCAAGUAUCAAGAGAUAUUGGUCAACGCUGGAGACAAUUAACUGAUGAGGAAAAGAAAUAUUGGCAAGAUUUGGCUCAAAAGGAAAAGGAAUGGCAUAAGAAGAAGUAUCCGAAUUAUAAAUAUACUCCGAGAAGCAAAGAACCCUCCGUUGUCGGCACUGAUGGUACUAUUAGUGAGCCGAAGAAAUUAAGGAAAGGGAAAAGUAGUCCAUGCGAUUUUUGUAAAUCAAAGAAGAAAUUGGUUGUUACAAAGAAGAUAACGAGCAGAAUAUGA